AUAUAAUGCUUGUGGUGUUCCCUUGACUGCUUCUGCUCAUGACCUGUUCGCUGGAAAUCCUCAUACGGAGAGAGAGAGAGAGAGAGAGAGAGAGAGAGAGGCAGAGAGUAGUGUGUGUGUGCUAAUUGGGCUUCGAUCCCUUUAACUUCUCAGCUCUCUUGCAGUCUUGCUCGCUGGUCGGUGUGUCUUCUCUACUGUACCUGGUGUUUUAAGCAUUCCUUUCGUUGAAGAGGUUCAAUUUCCCACGUCUGUUAACCAUUGGUUUGUUUCCAAAUGCAAAUUGUCAGUCUGGCAAGCUGAAUCUGCAUUAUUCUCUAAAGGAGUUAUCUGUUAGAGCAACCAAUUAACAAGAUGACAUUUUGGCUUCUGAGAGUUGUACUCCUGCGGCUUCUGUUUGCACAGAUCACAGUCUCACUGGCAGAGUACGAGUUCACUUUUAAUGGUUUCCAUGGUGCUAAUCUCAGCAUUGAUGGCAUCACAAGCUUCUCGCAGGACGGGCUUUUGCAACUCACCAAUGGAACCCGUCAAACCAAGGGCCAGGCCUUCUAUCCUUCCCCAUUUCGCUUCAAGAUGUCUCAAUCUGCUACUGCCCGCACCUUCUCCACCACUUUUGUAUUCGCAGUCAUCUCCCAGUAUCCCAAUAUCAGCAGCUAUGGCUUCACCUUCUGCAUCUCUCCAACCAAAGAGCUGGAUGGAGAGUCAACCCACUAUAUGGGCUUCCUAAACUCGACAAACAAUAAUGUCAAAUCAAACCACAUCAUUGGCGUAGAGUUUGAUUCUUUCCUAACACCGGAGUUCCAAGACAUCAAUGACAACCAUGUUGGCAUUGAUGUCCAUAGCAUGACUUCUGUCAGCUUUCAUACGACAGGCUACUAUGCAGGUGAUACUAAUGCAACCUUUCAGAACUUGAGCCUCAACAGUGGCCAGGCAAUGCAAGUAUGGGUAGAAUAUGACGGAAAAACAUCACAACUCAAUGUGACAUUAGCUCCAUUCGGAGUGCCAAUGCCUGACCUCCCUCUCCUUUCAUCGAAGAUUGAUCUCUCCAAACAGAUAUCAGAGGACAUGUAUGUAGGCUUCACUGCAUCUGAAGGUGAUAUUCUUACCACCCAUUGCAUUCUUGGUUGGAGCUUUAAGAUGGAUGGGCAUGCUUCUGCUCUUGAUCUUGCCAAAUUGCCUUCACUCCCUCUCAGCAAUGAUAAUAAGAAGAAAUCCACAGCUUGGAGAAUUUGGCUGCCUAUAUCUGUACCUCUGCUCUUGUUGACAGCAGCCAUCAUCAUCAGUUAUGUAGUGGCAAGGAGAAUCAAAUUUGCGGAGCUGCGUGAGGAAUGGGAGCAAGAGUAUGGUCCUCACCGUUUCUCAUAUAAAGAGCUCUUCCAAGCAACAGAUGGCUUUAAAGACAAACAGUGUCUUGGGUUUGGAGGCUUUGGCAGUGUCUACAAAGGAGUCCUGCCAACUUCUAAAACAGAAGUUGCAGUAAAACGUGUCUCCCAUGAUUCAAGGCAGGGAAUCAGGGAAUUUGUUGCAGAGAUUGUCAGCCUCGGCCAGCUCCGGCACCGGAACUUAGUUAAUCUAUUGGGCUACUGCCGGCGUAAGGGGGAAAUGCUCUUAGUAUACGACUUCAUGCCUAAUGGCAGUCUAGACAAGUAUCUAUUCAGGCAGACAACACCUUGUCUGGACUGGAAACAGAGGUUCAAAAUCAUCAAAGGAGUGGCUUCAGGACUGCUCUACUUGCAUGAGGAAUGGGUGAAGGUGGUAAUUCACAGAGACAUUAAGGCUGGUAAUGUGUUGCUGGAUAGUGAAUUCAAUGCAAGACUUGGGGACUUUGGGCUUGCUAGAUUAUACAAUCACGGGACUGAUUUUCAGACGACGCAUGUCAUGGGGACGAUGGGGUAUCUAGCUCCAGAGCUUGCAAGGAGAGGCAAAGCCACAACAAGCAGUGAUGUAUAUGCAUUUGGAAUGUUCCUUCUUGAAGUUGCAUGUGGCCGGAGACCAAUAGAACUGAAAGUAGAUGGAGAUGGUGAGGAUGUGUUUUUAGUUGAGUGGGUGUUGGAUAGUUGGAGAAACGGUGACAUUCUUUGUACCAGUGAUGACAGGCUAGAUAAACAGUAUGUCGUCGAAGAGAUGGAGCUGGUGCUGAAGCUGGGAUUGCUCUGUUGCCACCCUAUGGCCACUUCCAGGCCAAGCAUGAGGCAGGCCAUGCAGUAUCUUAAUAAGGAUUUCCCAUUACCUGAAUUUACACCAUUUUCAUUGACUGCUGAUUUAUUGGGCUCAUAUGCAGGGGAAGGCUUUGAUGAGUACAUGAUAUCUUGUCCAUCUUCAAUGGCUCCUACAACUGUUUCACUUUUAUCUGAAGGUCGUUAAUAACUGCUAAUAUUGAGUGCAGAACCACUGUGGUUGUACUCCUUGUAUUUAAUAUGUGGAAUUUAUCUUCAAUGAGUGCUUGCUAAACAGUGAAACUAUGCUUAUGAAUGUAAGGCUUACACUAAAUACUAGUAAAUCCAGUUGUGCUUUAACUAAACCUACAUAAAUUACAAUUAAUAUUUUUGUAUCAUUGUCUAUGAUUUAUUUUUAAUAAAUUACAAUUAAUUACAA